AUGACGGGACGAGGGCGAGGGCGUGGUGGCGGUGCAGGUUACUACAAACCAGCUCGUGAGGUGGCCAGGGUCUACGGCAACGGCCAAUUCCCCGCACCCAAUCCACAAGUCGUCAAGCUAGAGAACGAAAUGGUCAAACCUGGCUUGUCACCAGCAAUGGCCGCCAGCUCCCUGGAUUUCAAACUGCCCUGCCGGCCUGCCUAUGGUAUGCAGGGAAGGGCUAUCGCACUGUACGCUAACUACUUCGAAUUGAAAGCCGCAAACAAGAACAAAGAUCUGUACCGCUACUCACUCGCGUUUCAGUCCGAGGAAGAGUCAGAGUUGAAGACCAAGAAAGUCAAGAAGAGGCGGGUGAUAGAGAUACUACUGGACAUGCCACCCUUUUCGACACUCAAGGUUGCCAGUGAUUGGACUCAGAAGCUUGUAUCCGCACAAAAGAUACCACUCGCCGAAGAAGGCCAGGAGUAUACCAUUGAAUUCUACCACAAGGACCGUGGGCCUUUGCCUCCACCCACACCCAACGAAGAAGCCAGACUAACAGAGGCUCGCACACGAAACACGUAUCACAUACGCGUCCAAGCUAUCGGCACUGUCUUGCUCGCAGACCUUUUGCAAGACCUGUCUGGACCUAAAUCCACCUAUCCACUGAAGCUCGAGGCCAUUGAUGCUUUAAACACUAUCAUGGCACAUGGACCCAGCACUGCGCUCAACAUCAUCACUGCAGGAAACAAGUUCUUCCCUUUCGGUGACCAUCCCCAAAUGGAGUCACACGACCUCAAGGAAGGUCUUCAGGCUCACCGCGGAUACUUCACCAGUGUGCGUACAAGCGUGAGCAGAUUGCUCGUCAACCUCAACGUCGCGACCGGUGCCUGUUAUAAGCCUGGACCCCUUGUUGAAAUGAUGAGCGAGGUCUGUGGAAGUUACCCACCACUUAGCGAACAGCAUCAUAUACAGGUUACGAAAUUCUUCGGCCCCAUCAGAGUCGAGACGAACUAUCUGCCCGACGACAGUAGCAAAAACAAAGAGAAUAAAGGAACCAAACGUCAAGUGCGCACCGUAAUCGUCGCCCCUUAUGGAAAGAACGCAACGAAUGUUACCUUCCCCAAAACACACACCAAUGGAACAGUCACUCACCCUACAGUCCAGCAGCACUUCCUGGAGGAGCACAACAUAAGACUCCAUUACCCCCGAGCACCUUUGGCCAAUGCUGGAAUACCUAAGGACCCGAUUUGGAUACCCGCUGAGCUGUGCAAGAUCCUGCCUGGUCAGCUAAAACGAGGUCUGCUCACAUCUGAACAAACGGCCAGAAUGAUCACAUUUGCUGCCCGCAGGCCACAUGCAAACGCCGAGUCAAUCACUGGCAAUGGCUUGACAGUUACCAUGAUCAAUCCAGUGGUAAAUGGUGAGAAUACGAACUUGAAGGGAUUCGGCGUCAAGGUCGACCCCAGAAUGAUCACUGUACCUGGCCGGAUUCUGAUGCCUCCAACUGUGAUGUAUAAAGGUUUGAAGAACCGGACCCCGAACAACGGGACAUGGAACUUGAAGGUCUCAGAACUGGGUCUUUCGCCAUUCCGCGUCGUGAAGAAGCUGGGUGAAUGGUCUACACUCGUCAUCAAUUCCGGGAGAUAUGAUACGAUUCCAGGCGGAAUCGAGGGCCUCAAGGCCGAUCUGCACAAGUUCCGGGAGGAGCUCAACAAGUACGGUCUGAAUCUCAUCGAGCCUCAAAAACCAUGCAUCAUCAGCAUUCCACCAGGAAUCCUGAAGGACGCGAAACGCGAACCAGAACUUGUGGAUACUAUUCGGUCAUUGGUUGAGACUGGGCUGAGGACUCAAUUGCCUAAAAAACCAACCUUUUUGUUGGUCCUGCUGCCCAGCGACAACAUUAUACUUUACGACACACUCAAGUCUCUGUUUGACUUGACGUACGGAAUACCGAGUGUCUGCUGCGUUGGCAAAAAUUUCGACAAGAAGUCAGAACAAAUCUACGCAAACGUCGCAAUGAAGGUCAACCAGAAGCUCGGUGGCGUCAACCACGUGGUUGAUAUCAAGAGGAUGACACCACUGGACACGCAAACCAUCAUCUUCGGCAUCGACGUGACGCAUCCAUCUCCUGGAAGUUCGGAAACCGCACCAAGUAUCGCUGGUGUAGUGGCUUCGAUCGAUGCAAUGUUCUCGCAAUACCCCGCGAGCAUGCGUCGCCAGCAGGGUUACAAAGAGAUGGUCACGGACCUGGAGGAGAUGAUCAUUGAACGUCUCCGGUUAUGGCAAAAGCGCAACCAAGACCAUCUCCCAAACAAGGUCAUCGUCUACCGCGACGGAGUGGGUGAAGGCCAGUACCAGCAAGUCGUCGAGACUGAAGGUGAAUCGUUCAGCAAGGCAUUCGACAGACUGUACGGCGCCGAGGCGAAGCACCCGAAGCUCUCCAUCGUCAUGGUCGGUAAGCGGCAUCAUACGCGUUUCUACCCGACAAAGAUGGAGGAUACAGAUGGGACUACAGGCAAUCCGAAGCCGGGUACUGUCGUUGAUCGGGGUGUUACUGGCGAGAAGUUGUUCGACUUCUUCCUGCUUGCGCAUCAGGGUAAGGAAGCCAAUCCGCGUAAAGUGACAUACAGCUAA